AUGGCUUCAAGGGACUUGCCUCAUUCAUUUAAGGAAUUCUCGACUCAAUGGUACAAGAAUGUCAAGAGCGAAAUAAUCAUCAACAAGUCGAAACAACAGCUUCUUCAAGACGAUUUCCAGCCGGACACAUACCUCUCCCAAGAUGGUAAAGAGUCUUUUACCAACUCCAGUACGCACUCCAUUAUAAAUGCUACCAAUGGUAAUCGUGAUGAUGAUGAUGAGGAUGAUGAGGAGGAAUCUGGCACUAGGUCCGUUGAUACCAACACUUCAGCUACUCGCAAAUCACCACACAAGGUCAAGAUGCAAAACCUUUGGGCUGCGUUUGCCUCGGGUGCAGGUCUCUUUGCCGAUGGGUACGUCAACAACUCUAUUGGUAUUGUUUUGGCAUGCUUGAGCUUGAUUUACGGCGAUGAGUUCUCCAAGAGUAAUGCAAUAAAUAAUAUUGGAUCUAUUGGAUUCGUUGGUACAGUUGUUGGUCAAUUAAGUUUUGGCUACAUCUCGGAUCGUAUUGCAAGAAAAGGCGGUAUGAUGGCUGCAAAUAUCAUGUUGAUUGUAUUCACUUUGCUAUGUGCCGUUGGUUCAUGGGGUAAAACCACCCAAGGCUUCUUUGCAUGUUUAACCGUUUGGAGAUUCUUUUUAGGAGUCGCCAUUGGUGCAGAGUACCCCACCUCGUCUGUUAUUGCCUCUGAGUUUGCUAAUCAAUUGCCAGCGGGUAAAAGAAAUAGGUACUUUAUCUGGUUCACGAAUUUUAUGAUUGAUUUCGGUUUCGUUGUUUCUGCAUUUGUCCCAUUUGUGCUUAUCUGGAUCUUUACCGAAAAUCAUUUAAGGGCAUUGUGGAGAGUCACUAUUGGUCUUGGUGCAGUUAUUCCAUUCUCUUUAUUCUUUAUGAGACUCAAGAUCAAAGACUCAGCUUCGUUUAGCAAGUUGCAUAUGAAACAGGUGAGGUAUAGAGAUUAUCCAUGGUGGUUGAUUGUCAAGUUUUACUGGUUUAGAUUAACCAUUGUUUCUCUUAUUUGGUUUAUUUACAAUUUCUCAGUCUAUUCUUUUGGUACUUUUAAUACCAUAAUUAUGGGUCAAAUCAUUCCCGAUGCGCCCAUAUGGCAACAAUGGGGCUGGUCCGUGGUGUUCAACUUGUUUUAUAUCCCUGGUGGGUUUCUUGGUGCCAUCUCUGCUGAUUAUAUUGGUCCAAGACUUACAUUGGCGUUGGGUGUUGGGUUGCAAGGUGUGAUUGGUAUGAUUAUGAGUGCUUGUCUCAAUGGAUUGCGCAAGAAUAUUGCAGGCUUUACUGUAGUAUUUGGUAUAUUUACCAGUUUGGGUGAGUUUGGACCUGGUGAUAAUAUUGGUCUUUUGGCGUCCAAGACCUCGGCUACUCCCAUUCGAGGUCAAUAUUAUGGCAUUGCAGCUGCUGUGGGUAAGAUUGGUGCAUUUGUUGGCACGUGGAUUUUCCCAGCUAUUCAAAGGAAAUACCAUGACCCCGAAAACCCCGAUUUGGAACUCCAAGUUCCAUUUUACAUUAGUGCUUCCCUUUGCCUCUUCUCAGCAUGUUUAACUUUUUUCCUUUGUCCUCAUGUAGGACAAGAUGCAAUCAAUAGAGAGGAUGUGGACUUUGUGCAAUAUUUGAAAAGUCAUGGGUUUGAUGUUGCGCAACUUGGUGGAGGUGAAAAUAUGAGUGAAGGAGAUUUGAGUCAGUAUCGAAAAAGUGAAGUUGCUAGCGUUGUUGAAGUGGAGAAGGAUAAUAGUGCAUUAAGUGAAAAGGGUAAGGAUAUUUUGCAACUGGAAAAAGAGGCAUAA